UGUCAUUUUUAUUUUACCACCAGUACUCCAAAAAAAAAAGCUGAGAAAGAUGUUGGUGGCCCUAUAUAAGGUGCAGCUCACCUCCUGCAGAGCACAUCAAGAAUCACAGCAAAGUGCUGAGCCCGCUGGGACGGACAACUCCAGACUCUGAGACAUGGCCUCCCUGCACACCUUGUCCAAGAGCUUCCCAGGAUGGGUUUUCUUCUGCUGCUGCUGCUGUCUCCCUCUUCUUCUCACCAGCUCUCUGCCUCUGAAAGGGGCUUCCACCGCCCAUCAUGCCUGCAGGCUCAGGAAGAUCAACUUCCAGCAGCCCUACAUCAGGAAUCGCACCUACACCCUGGCGAAAACGGCCAGUGCCUCAGACAAGGACACGGACAACAGAUUGAUUGGGCAGCAGCUCUUUGUUAACAUCAGGGAAAACAACCGCUGCUACAUGAUGAAGAGGGUUGUGGAGCUUGUAGUGAAAGAUGUUCUCCUCACUGAAGUCAAGACCCAGUACCCUUAUGUUGAGGAGGUGGCACAGUUCUUGGCAUCCCUGGCCUCGGAGCUGAGCAGUUGUCAAUUCUCAGGAAAGAGAGACCACAUUGAAAAAAACCUGGAACAAAUGAAGAGCAAAAUGGAACAGUUGGGAGAAAAUGGAAAGACUAAAGCUAUUGGAGAGCUGGAUUUACUGUUUGACUACAUGGAAAAUGCCUGUACUGAUGCCCCAAAGAAGGGAGGGAACAAGAAGAAAAACUGAAAAAAUUCUGGAUCAGGCUUGAAGAGAUGUCUCUGCAGAUUUUGCAAUAACUCAAAUUGAUUAGCUGCAACUAUUUCCAUUCCCUCCAGAUGCAAUUUAUUUUUCACUUGUGUCAAAACUACCAAACUAAGUGGAUAGAGACAGGAUGCAUAUUGUUGUCUUCUUUGAAAAUGAAAACUCCAGGACAUUGCCUCUUGACUGCAACACAGGCAAUUAGUUAUUUAUAAAAGCACUGUUCUGUCCUCCUUGUCUCCACAGGAAUGAGGAAUUUCUGUCUUUUAUACACUGAAAUUUAACACCUAUGAAUCAGCUUUGUUUAAGGCAGUGAUGUUUUGAUGUGAUGUUUUAGCCAGGAUGUUUUGAAUCUCCUUGUUGCAAAUGUCUCUUGCAUAUGUUGCCCUCUUCUGACCUUUAACUGAAAAGUUAGUAUUUCAGACUAUUUCAGAAGUAAUUUUUGUCAUUUGUAUUUAAUGGUAACUUAUUUUAAGGUAAUAAUUAUACAAUACUUUUAUUUAUAUAGAUUAAUUGAAAAAUAUCCAAGGAAAUGUAUUUAUGAAGCUUUACCAGAA